AUGGACUUGAACUCUGAGGAAACCGUUCGGCGACGACUGGAAGAGGAACUCAGCAUUAAAAUAUACCCUGGAACAGAAAUUAUGCGAGAUGUGGGAUCUCAUAAUCUUAUCAAGUCUUCCGCCAACGCCGAUGCAGUCCUCGUCCCUCAGCCCUCUGCCAGCCCCCAUGACCCUUUGAACUGGAAUCGCUGGUGGAAAUUUGGUGUCAUCUCUAUAACCACAGCCAUGUCCUUUUCGCAGGCUCUGGCGCCCCAGGCCGUAGCCCCGAUAUAUCCUCAGCUGAUGGAAUCUUUCAAUGCGAGCCUUCCUCAGGUCGUGCAAUUCGCCGGUGUUGGUAUCCUUGUUUUAGGGUUCAGCAAUUUCUUCUGGCAAGUGGCACUCUUUAUACAAUGA